AUGACUAAGUUCAGAGGUUGCAUCGAUAUCCAUUCUGGUCAAGUGAAACAAAUUGUUGGUGGAACUUUGAAGGAAGACGACGCCCAAGUGACCGAGUCAACCAAGGAGAACUUUGUCUCGACCAAACCUUCGUCUUAUUACGCAGAUUUGUAUCGUAAAAAUGGAAUAUCUGGUUGCCAUGUCAUAAAGUUGGGCUCCAAUCCAGCCAAUGACGAGGCUGCCAAAUUAGCUUGCAAAACUUGGCCCUACAAUCUCCAAGUCGGAGGAGGAAUCACCAUAGAUAACGCUCUAGAAUGGUUAGACGAACACAAAGCGUCACAUGUAAUUCUUACCAGUUGGCUCUUUAGUUCCGCAGAAGAUGGAAGUAAGAAGUUUGACUGGGAAAAGUUAAAAAGAGUGUCAUCCCUUGUCGGAAAGAAUCGUCUUAUUGUCGAUUUGAGUUGCAGGACAGUGGUUGAAAACGAUUUACCCAAAUGGGUUGUAGCCAUGAACAAAUGGCAGUUGCUUACGGCCAGCAGCUUGUCAUCAGAAUUUUUGGCUGAGGUAGGAGAAUAUUGUGACGAAUUUUUGAUUCACGCUGCAGAUGUUGAAGGCUUAUGUAAUGGUAUCGACGAACAAUUGGUGUCGAAAUUGGGUGAAUGGUGUCCACCAGGAUUCGAAGGAAAGAUAGUUUAUGCUGGUGGAGCCAAACUGACAAGAGAUUUGGAGUUGGUAAGAAGAUUAAGUGACGGAAAAGUGGAUUUGACAUACGGAAGUGCUCUUGACAUUUUUGGAGGAAAGCUUGUUAUGUUCGAAGACUUAGUCGAAUGGAACAAGCACAUAUAA